CGCCCUCCGUCGACGGCUGACGUCCUUUUGGUCGCUCGUCCUGUAUGCCACGUCACAAAUAUUCUACGUAGUCAUGAGUGCCGAGGGCCGUGCUAAGAGAACAAUACCAAGCCGACGUGGAGGUGGACGAGGUGAAUCUGAUGCAUCGGUUCGAGGAGGGCUUCGACAGAGCCGACUUCAGGGCGGAGUUCAGCCCCAGCCCGAACCUCGAAGGGCCGCAAUCGCAGCCCAGAGACAACGUCUCUCGAAAUUUCCCCACGGUCAGCUCAUCCCCGCCGCGAGCGAGAACUAACAACGACGUGGACACACGACCGAACAAGUAUAGGUCGGUUGGUGUGGGAGCGAAAGACUCGCCCCUAACACCCACGGUAGUUCAAGGGAUGAUUAUGUUCGACAACAACGUGGCCGAUAUUACUACCAGCAGUACGAUGUCGCCGAUUAAUUGCACCACGGUAGUCUACGCCUUUCCCGAAGAGGAUCGUGUCGUUGUCGGAUAUAUCAAUGAAUGGAUCAAUGCAUAUUCGUUCAUAUCGAAGAACCAAGAAAAGUUCUAUCUAUACAUCAUCGUGUCGGUCACAGCCGGCAUUUUAAUCUUCCUGGGCUUGGUAAUUGGACGUCUCCUAGUCAGCCGCCAUCGCGCAAAGAGGGAUGCGAAGUUCCACGCGAAUAACGAAGCGCUUCCAAAUGGAUUCACCGAUGACAUUUCCGAGAUCGACGCGGAUAUCGAUCUCACCACGCCGGUGCCAGUGCCCAUGCAAGACACGAGGAUUCCAGAAACCCAGUUAGCGGAGAGGCUCCACGGCGAUCGUUACUACGCUGAAACGAGGAUACCCAUGUCGCCCACCACGAUGCAUCCGGGCCCAGGGCACUACCCUGGCAACACAGGCGUCAGGGUGGACCUGGGUAAUCACAUGGUGGGCACCGACAGCCUCCACACGAUCCUGCGUCCGGAAAACCCACGAAGCCUGAACACGAAGAGCUAUUACUACGGCUGACAGGAGGAAGGGGGUGUCCCGCGCGAGGGACGGCCCCCGUCCUUGAGCCCGGUACCGGAAGUGAGCACGCGGAAGUACUGCUUUUAAUCGAGAGACCGAUUUUCUAACGCACGGCCGACGAACGAGGCCGCUGUAAAGGCAGGCGUUCAAUGCCAACGAACGAUACACGUCGUCGAUCCGAAUCGUUGCUUCUUCGAGCGAGAACCCAGUGGCCUUCGUCCUGCUACCGGAAACGAGCACGUCGGGGUCACGCCUUCUCGUGUAUUACCUUCUUUUCGUCCCCGAGCUUACCACUUUUCAACGAGAACGCCCGAGACGAUCAAGUCUCCGCGAAAUCUCGACGAAAUCUCGAUAAAAUCUCGACGAAAUCUCGACGACGUUUCCCGGAAAAUUGUCCCGUUUGGAAUUUUUCCAGGGACCUUGACGAUCGAACGCUUCGGUACCGGAAGCCACUCUGCUCGAUCCGUGCGAAUCAGCGCCGUGAGACGGAUGGAAAUU